AUGACGACGCCUAGCAGACGACGACUUAUGCGCGACUUCAAGAAACUGCAGGAGGACCCUCCUGCAGGUGUUUCUGGGGCUCCCACGGAAGACAAUAUCCUUGCAUGGGAGGCCAUUAUUUUUGGACCCCAGGACACUCCAUUCGAAGACGGUACAUUUAAGCUGUCAUUGGAGUUCACUGAAGAAUAUCCCAACAAACCGCCAACGGUGAAGUUUAUAUCUAAAAUGUUCCACCCUAAUGUGUAUGCUGACGGAUCAAUUUGUUUGGAUAUCUUGCAGAAUCGUUGGUCGCCCACCUAUGAUGUUGCAGCCAUUUUGACAUCUAUACAGUCGCUAUUAGAUGAGCCGAAUCCUAAUUCUCCAGCGAACUCUCAUGCUGCUCAACUGUACCAGGAGAAUCGCCGCGAGUAUGAGAAACGUGUUCAGCAGAUUGUUGAGCAGGUACUUAUUGGUGAUUCAUACUUGAAACACCUUUUUUCGUGGUUGAACUUUGGCGAGAACGAGGGUGAUAUGGAAGUGAAGGAUGGAGCCGACGAUACGGGAAACAACGACGAAAUGCCAUCAGCUAGUGGAUCAAACUAA